UCCUCGCCAACUGCGCAUCAUUUCUUCCCAAAUUUUUAUAUUGGUAUGCGGAAUGACUCUUUCCCCCCUCUACUCCGCUGAGACUCGCUUCUCCUUGUAAACUCUUGGCUGGUUCUUUGUUUGAGAGAGAGAGAGAGACAGUCUUGGCUGGUUCUUCGUUUGAGAGAGAGAGAGAGAGAGAGAGAGAGAGAGAGAGAGAUGCGAUGCCAGCCGGUGGCGUGCCUUUGGUACGGAGGUAGCCCACACCUCCAUCAUCAUAGGAUAACUGCUCGCGCUGUCUUGAAUCAGCCGCCCACCCUUUACACGGGCGGAUCCGAUGGCUCCAUCAUCUGGUGGAACCUCAACCCCCCUCACAAUCGGGAAAUUUGGCCAAUGGCAAUGCUGUGUGGUCAUGCCACUCCCAUAGUAGGUCUAGAAAUUUGCAUCCCGAUCAUUAGCCAUGGACAGAAAGAGAGCUCAAGUAAUGUAAGCUCGACCUCAUCUGGUUCUGCUGCACUAAUGAGUGCUUGUACUGAUGGUGUGUUAUGCAUUUGGAGCAGAGGUAGCGGCCAUUGUAGGCGUAGAAGAAAAUUGCCUCCAUGGGUAGGUACCCCAUCUCUCCUGUCAUCCUUGCCUUUGUCCAGGCGAUAUGUUUGCAUUGCUUGCAAUUUUUCUGAUGCUAUGCAAGCAUCAAACUCCGGUUCAGUUGAAACUGCCGAGAUUGUGAACCCUGGCUACCUUCAAAAUGAGACUGCAACUGACAAAGAAGCACAUUUCAGAAGGACCUCAAAAUGUUCUAUUGUCAUUGUCGAUUCAUGCACCCUCAAUAUUGUCCAGACUAUCUUCCACGGGAGCUUGACCAUUGGGUCAUUGAAAUUCAUGGCUGUAGUUCCAUCUUUUGAGGACAUGAAAAAACAGUCAGUGAUCAUGACAGAUGCACUUGGACAGGUAGAAUCAAUUGCAAUACUGGAGCCUGAUCCAAAUGGCGAAGCUGGGAGUGGUCUGCAGAGAAGCUCUUCAUACAUGGGAAGAACAUCUGUUGAGGCUGACAGUUUGCAGCAUGAUGGGGUACAGGCAGUAUCAGUUUCAGCUAAUGGAAAGCUAUUGGCUCUUGUAUUUAAGACUCACUGCACAUUUAUGUCAAGGACCAGUGAGACUGCUAUUUGCGAAAUCUCCUUAGCUGAUGGUUUGCUUUGCAAUGAAGGCCCUCUUACUCCGGCGUGCCCAAUUGGGGGCAUGUUUCUUCAGAGUGGCUGUAGUGACAAUGCAUUGGAUGCAGAUGAAGGAUCUGUAGAACAGUUUGCUGUAUGGAGUGACACGGGUGCUGCUAUCGUGUAUAAGAUAUCGGUUUCUGGUGUCACGUUUGAUGUUGAGCCUUGUUGUGAAAUCCCUGCUGCUGUUGCUGCUCCACACUCUGUGAAAAUGCUAAUUAGUUACUGUCAGUUGAAUGAUUAUCUUCUUCGUAUAGAAUCAUUAUGUUUUGAAGUGCAUGCUUCAACAUCGUGGCAACCUCGUGUCUCAAUAUGGCUAGUGCAUCAGCCUCUGAUGGCGCAGAUUGUUAGCAAUGGGCAGUUAGGUAUAAAGAAAAGCGACAAUUCUGGUGAUCCUUGCUCCUGCAUCAUGGUCGGGGAAGGUAGUUUUCUUGGUGAUUGGGUUGGGACAUCCUGUUCUCUUUCUGAAACUGAGGCUGUCAGGCAGAACGCAUGCCUAAAAGCAACUGAAGGGGAGACUGAUAAAAGUUCUCACCAAAACUGUGUUGCAAGUCCUACAAACUUUGGCAAUGGUCUUCUGUUGAAAGGACAGAUUGUGUCAUCUUCACUGGUGCUUUCGGAAGAUUUUUAUGCUCCAUAUGCUGUAGUCUAUGGCUUCUAUAAUGGUGAAAUACAAGUAGUUCGAUUUGAGAUGUUUCAUCAGGAACCAAAUUUCAUUGAUGGAAGUUUUCAUCAUAACAUCGAUCCAUGUAUAUCUGAACAAUCUCUUUUGGGACACACGGGUGCUGUGCUUUGCUUGGCAGCACACCAUAUGGUUGCAACCUCGAGUGAACAACAUUUCAAACGGGCGUUAGUAUCAGGAAGCUCUGAUUGCACGAUUCGUAUAUGGGAUAUGGAUGUCGGUAGCCUUGUUUCAGUAAUGCACCACCAUGUGGCUCCAAUCAGGCAAAUUAUUCUUCCACUGCCCUGGACGGACUGUCCUUGGAGUAAUUGUUUUCUCUCUGUUGGGGAGGAUUCUUGUGUGGCUCUUGUUUCACUUGAGACUUUACGGGUAGAAAGAAUGUUUCCUGGACAUCCAAGCUAUCCAACAAUGGUUGUAUGGGACAGCAGGAGAGGUUACAUAGCGUGUUUGUGCAGGAGUUUCUCUGCUUCGUCUGGUGCAAUUAAUGCUCUAUACCUCUGGGAUGUUAAGACAGGUGCUCGAGAGCGCACCCUUCGUGGUAAUGCUUCUCAUUCAAUGUUUGAUCAUUUCUGCAGAGGUAUCAAUGUAAAUUCAGUGACCGACAACAUACUGGGUGGCACUACUUCGGCAUCCUCAUUGCUCCUUUCUGUAACUGAAGAUACAAGUGUUGCACAAUCGCAUAUUACAGAUCUUGACAAGGGGAUCACUAAGUCGCUUGCAGCAGGCAACACUCAGCAAAGAAUAAUGGACUUCCAUGGUUCUGAUGGUUCUCCAGCACAUGAUACUAAAGGAAAGUUACCGAUUUCAAAAACAGCUCAUGAGUUUACUUCUCAUGCAGCUGAUCAUAGUUCUAUAGAGCAAGCUCCAUCACUUCCACUCCAACACCAGAAGCAUCUUAUCAAAUGCUCCUGCCCUUAUCCCGGAAUUGCCACCCUGAAAUUCAAUCUCUCAUCUUUGAUGUAUCCAUGUCAAAGGCAUAAAGAGUCUGUAGGGAAUGGUGGCAAGCAAGAGAUUGUUCUUGUCUCAGAGAAGCAGCUGGAGAAAACAAAUUCAAAUGAUAGUUGCGAUAUGGAAGGGAUUGCAAGUCAUCCCAUAGAAGAACAUACAUGGGUCAGAUCACUUGAAGGAUGUUUACUUCGCUUCAGCUUAUCUUUUCUACAUUUGUGGAAUGUUGACCAGGAGCUAGACAAAUAUCUGACUGAUGAAAUGAAUGUAUGCAAACCAGAAAGCUUUGUUGUAGCUUCUGGUUUGCAAGGUGAUAAAGGCUCUUUGACAGUAGCUUUCCCUGGUCUGAGAGCUACACUUGAGCUUUGGAGGUCUUCAUCUGAGUUUUGUACAAUGCAAUCAUUGGCAAUGGUUUCCCUUGCCCAACGCAUGAUUAGCUUGUCUCGUUCCACUUCAGCAGCUAGCAGUGCCUUGGCAGGGUUUUAUACUCGUAAUUUUGCGGAGAAAGUUCCUGAUAUAAAGCCACCUUCGCUCCAGCUGUUGGUGAGUUUCUGGCAAGAUCCAAGUGAGCACGUGCGUAUGGCUGCACGCUCUUUAUUCCAUUGUGCCGCCUCACGGUCUAUUCCGCUUCCCCUUUAUGGUCCAAAACUAAUUCAGCAUGCACUUCAUUCGAGCCACAUAAAUGGAGUUGGAGUAAACAUUUGUAAAAAUACAGGUGAGACAUCUACAAAUAGCUUGUUGCAUGGCCAGGGGGUCAGUGAAACACAAGGGGGUUAUCAGGAUGACGAAUGCAGCAUACUUUCAUGGUUGGAAUCAUUUGAAAUGGAAGACUGGAUUUCUUGUAUUGGGGGAACGAGCCAAGAUGCAAUGGCCUCUCAUAUUAUUGUGGCAGCGGCACUAGCUGUUUGGUAUCCAAGCAUUGUGAAGCCAAGUCUUGGUAAAUUGGUUGUUCAUCCAUUGAUGAAGCUGGUUAUGGCAAUGAGUGACAAAUAUAGUUCAACAGCAGCUGAACUCCUCGCAGAAGGGAUGGAAAGUACAUGGAAGGCGUGUAUUGGUCCUGAAAUACCUCGUUUGAUUGGCGACAUAUUUUUCCAAAUAGAGUGCGUAAGUGGUGCACCAGCUAACAAUGCCAUGCAAAAUCCAUCUUUGGCCGUAACUAUUCGGGAGACUUUGGUUGGGAUUCUUCUUCCAAGUUUAGCAAUGGCUGAUGUAAUUGGAUUUCUAAAUGUAAUAGAAAGCCAGAUUUGGGCUACUGCUUCGGAUUCACCUGUUCAUUUAAUUUCGCUCAUGACACUCAUCAGGGUUGUUCGUGGUUCUCCAAAACCCUUGUCUCUGCACCUUGAUAAGGCUGUAAACUUUAUUUUGCAGACUAUGGACCAUGGGAACUCUGUCAUGCGCAGAGCUUGUCUCCAAAGCUCCAUGGCAGCAUUACGAGAAGUUGUACGUGUUUUUCCAAUGGUAGCUCUGAAUGAGGCAUCAACACGGUUGGCUGUUGGCGAUGCAAUUGGAGAUAUCUGCAGUGCUACUAUUCGUAUUUAUGAUAUGCAAAGUGUGACAAAAAUAAAGGUUUUGGAUGCAAGUGGACCUCCAGGACUUCCGAGUUUACUUGGGGGAGUGUCAGAUACAAUGAUCACUGCUGUGAUUUCAGCACUGAGCUUUUCACCAGAUGGAGAGGGUCUAGUCGCUUUCUCUGAGCAUGGAUUGAUGAUUAGGUGGUGGUCACUGGGAACUGGAUGGUGGGAGAAGCUCAGCAGAAAUAUUGUUCCUGUUCAAUGCACGAAACUGAUUUUUGUUCCUCCAUGGGAAGGAUUUUCACCCAAUUCUUCUCGGUCAAGCAUAAUGGCAAGCAUAAUAGCACAUGAUAGUCCAAACGUUUCACCGGAGAAAACAAGGGAAUUUGGUGAUGCAGACAGUUUGAAACUCUUGAUCCAUAAUCUUGACCUCUCUUAUCGGUUAAUAUGGGUGGGUGAAAGGAAAGUAGUGCUUACACGGCAUCGUCAGGAGUUGGGCACUUUCCAAUUGUAGCUUUUCUUGUGCUGGAUAACUAUUGGUGCCAAAGUACUACAGAAUUUGUAAGUUACAGAUUCAAUGUGUGGAAUACUGAUGACAAAAGGUGAAGUGAUCGCUCCAGUUCACAAAAAGCUGACAUGGUUCUGGAUUACAAUUUUUUUUUGUUUUCAGAUGGAGCGCUUCCCAUGUACAGUUGAUAUUUCUUACCAUGAUGGUAACCAGCAACCUCUGGUUUUCUUAAGGAAGAGAAUAAGAGAAACAUGCACAAUCUUCCAAAAAAAAAAGGAAGAAAAACAUGCAAGUGCUUCUGGGUAUUGGAAAUCCUUUGUACUAGGACUGGUGUGGGCAUUUGAAUUGAAAUCCUUUGCACUAGAGCUGGUCGGAUCAUCCAUUCUUGUAUUUGUAAGAGGUGAGGGAACAAGUUUGUUUUUCAUGAAUGCCUUUUGCUUGCUGCAACAUCCUCCUUCAAGAGGUGGUUAUGUUGCCUUAUUUAAAUGGGUCUAAAUGUGAAUUAAAUUAUGCUGCAGUCAUCCUAUUUGAAGAGCGUUAAUUAUUGGACCCUUGUUUUCA